UUUUUCAUUGUGAGUAACAUAAUAUUUUUCAGGUAUACAUAUGGUAAAAAAGUUGACGGUUUUCUGAGAGCUAAGUUUAUAGCCAAGGAAAGAUGGAGAAAUUCCUUUUCUUCUGUAGAAUAUAUAGGAGAAAUUUCUGGUUGUCACACAGUUGUCAUCAAUACUUUAUCUUUUGGUAACUUUAAUAGUCUUCGAUUUAAAACUAUUGAGAUAUUUGCAGAAGUUGUCGAGAAUGGAACAGAAAUAAGAGUUAACAAGACGACUGAAAUUACAUUAGUGACAAAAUCCCUUAGGCUCAAGUUUUUAAAUUCAGUAAACGGAGAAGCUUACAUCAAACCUAGAAUUCCAUAUUCCGGUGCCGUAUUGCUGACACACUUGAACGGUACAGCAGCAACGUCCGUAAAAGUUAGGAUCUGUGCUGAUUUUACAGAAUGCCUCACAUUCAUCUCGGACAAGAAUGGGCUAAUCAAUUUCAUUCUUAAUCCUCGUAAAAGUAUUAUGUCUUCAAUCGAACUUGAGGCGGAAGUUGUAGAUCCAUUAUAUGUGGCUGACCGUUUUUAUCGAAGAGUAACUUCGAAACUAACUCUGAUUCCGUGGGACUCUCCAUCUGAUAGUUAUCUUCAAAUCGAGCCAAUUACAGAGGAAUUAACAUGCGAAAAAAGUCAAAGGGUUACAAUACGGUAUACUGCAAAGAAAGGAGAUACGAUCCAGUUCUACCAUCAGGUACUGUCAAGAGGUAGGAUCGUGCAGCAAGGUUCCCACCAACGAACAUUUUACUUUAAUGAAGAUGCUUUCGAAGAUGACAGUACAAAGAUUUUCAGUGAUACUGUAGUUGGAAAUUCUGUCUCGCUGUCAAAUGUCGGAGAGUUUGUUCUUAGUUUUAUACCGAAAGCGACCAUGUCCCCUAUUGCCCGAUUGCUUGUAUUCUAUGUACGUGAAAAUGGGGAGAUAAUUGCCGAUUCAAAAAUGUUUCGCAUACAGAAAUGCCUGAUGAAUAAAGUAAGGUUAAAUUUUCGUCACAAACAGCAGUAUCCAAGCACAGAAGCUACUAUGCUCUUAUCUGCAAGUCCUUUUUCCAUUUGUGGCAUUGGCUUGGUCGACAAGAGCAUUCAGUUACUAAGCAAAGACACGAAGUUCAAUAAAGAAAAGUUGUUCCAGUGGAUGGAAAGCCAUGAUGUCAGUUCGGAUACUGAACCUCGCCGAUCCCGAAAGCAUCGCUGCAAUCCAUAUCCUUUACCUCAACAACGGAGAGGCUCUUUCUCAGCUUGGAGAAUGGACUAUGAAUUAGACGGAUUUCCUGAAUUUUACUUUAAUGAAGACCGUGCAGAUUCCGUUAAUGCUUUCGAAAAUGCUGGGAUAGUGGUGCUGACUGAUUUAAAACUCGAAACUCGAAAAUGCACAUUACGAGAUCCUUUUCCUCAUGGAAUUUCAAGACAUCCUUAUAUCACGGCCAAGUCAAGAAGUUUUGAUCAGCUUCACCAUGAAGCACAUUUUAUACCUCAGAGGCUGAGCAUACCGACUACGAAAGUUCCUGAUGAAUUAGAUAUCCAGGAAAUUCCUGAAUCAACUCCCAAAUCAACGGAAGAAAUUCGAAGUUAUUUUCCAGAAACCUGGCUAUGGGAGAUACAGAAAAUUGACUCCUCUGGUGAGACGGCCAUGAAACGACAGUUGCCCCAUACGAUAACCGAAUGGAUAGGAGAAGCAGUGUGCAUCAACUCCAAGAAUGGAUUAGGGUUUUCGGAAAAGAGCAGUAUUACUGCUUUUCAGCCAUUUUUUGUUUCCCUGCAGCUACCUUAUUCUGUAAUAAGAGAUGAAACGGUGCCUAUAAUCGUUUCUGUUUUCAACUACUUGACAGAAUGUUUGCCGAUCAAGAUAUCCUUAGAGCCCAGCGAAGACUUCCAUCUUACUUCAGAAUCUUCAUCUCAUAAAAUGUGCGUAUGCGGAGGCAAAAGUGAAACUCAUCACUUCAAGUUGCGUCCUAUAAGUUUAGGUCAGGUUAACAUAACAGUAUAUGGGUUUUCAGUUGAAGGUGAUGAUGAAAUUUGUGGGAAUGAAGUCACUGCAAGACUUAGUGCCAGAGAUGCCAUUACAAAACAACUUCUUGUUGAGGCAGAAGGAUUUCCAAAAGAAGAAGUAUUCAACUAUUUUAUCUGCCCUGAAGCUACAAAUGGAUCUUAUUCUUCCGAAGUAGAUCUUCUUCUUCCAGAAAAUGUUGUUGAUGGAUCUGCUCGAGCCUAUGUAUCUGUCUCAAGUGAUCUGAUGGCUCAAGCGCUGAAUGGACUAAAAAGUUUGGUUAAAUUACCCGUUGGCUGUGGAGAGCAGAAUAUGGUCCUUUUUGCACCAAACAUCUUUGUUUUGGAUUACUUAAGCGCCACUGGUAAAAUCACAGAAGACCUAAAAGAAGAUUGUUUGAAUAAUAUGAGGAAAGGUUAUCAAAGAGAACUACAGUACCGACGUAACGAUGGUUCUUACAGUGCAUUUGGGAAAUCAGAUAGACAAGGAAGCCUCUGGUUAACCGCUUUCGUUCUUAAAUCUUUUGGUCAGGCAAGAAGAUUUAUGGACAUAGAUGAAAAUGAUCUGCUAAUAAGUUCGCAGUGGAUACUAAACCGACAGUUUGAAAACGGGUGUUUCGAGCCGUCAGGUAGAAUCCUCCAUAAAGACAUGAAGGGUGGCCUUAAUCAAGGAGAACAAUCCCUUGCUCCUCUGACAGCGUACAUCCUGAUAAGCUUAUUAGAAUCUGGAGCAGAAAGCCUGAAUCAUACAGCUGCAAAAAAUGCUCUAAAAUGCUUAGCAGCGGAUGGAAUUCCCAACAAUUAUGCAUUAGCUCUCUAUGCUUAUGCUACUGCUCUUUCUAGAGAAAUAGAUACUGCCAAACAACAUUUAAAACUGUUGGAUGAAAGAGCUGUUAUUAAAGAUGGUAAUAAAUUCUGGGAAACAAGCCAUAAAUCGAAAUCAGUCAGUGUGGAAAUUGCAGGAUACUAUGUCCUCGCUCUUCUGGAAGUAAAUGAACAAAAUAGUAUUCCUACAUCUCUACCAGUUGUGAAAUGGAUUGCUCAACAAAGGAACUCCAAUGGAGGAUUCGUGUCCACUCAAGACACAAUAGUUGCCUUACAAGCUCUGGCGAAAUAUUCCGCCUUAACAUCUCAAAUAUCUGUGGAUAUAGGUUUGGUCAUACAAAGCGAUGAACUGGUCCGAGGCUUCAAACUGGAUGAAAAUAACAGGCUAGUGUCUCAGAGAGCCAAACUCCCGGUCUUACCAACUGUUGCUGAAAUACAAGCUGUAGGAAAUGGAUGUGCUCUAGUGCAGUUUUCCUUGAGAUACAAUGUAAAAAACUGUUCCGGGAGUGAAGCUUUUGAUCUCGAUGUUAAAGUUGUUCGUCAAGGAAGCAGUAGCGGUAAUACCCCGCGUAUUGAAAUUUGCAUGAGGUACAAGGCUACUGACGAAACGUCGAAUAUGGUCGUAGUUGCAGUAAAAAUGGCAUCAGGUUUCGUUCCAAGUGAAUGGAGUCUUGAUGUGUUGCAGUCAGACCAAACGAUACGAUUGAAACGUUAUGAAGUGCAAGGCAAUCUUGUUAAUCUUUACUUUAAUGAACUUACAAAUAAACUUAAAUGCUUCAGCUUUAAUAUAAAGAAUGAAAUUGAUGUUCAAGAUGUAAAACCUGCAACUGUGAAGUUGUACGACUAUUAUCAACCUGAACUUGAAGUGACAAAGGAAUACGUUAUCCCUCCUGAUUGUGUCGCUCCUAAUUUACCAGAAUUGCCAGAACUAUUGACAAGCACUCUUGCGGAAGAACUCUUGCCUACAUUCGACGAUGAGCUCUUAUCUACACUGGGUAGUACUUCUCUUCCUGAUGAACCUGAUACUGGUAUCACAAAUGUUUUCAGUAAUUCUACGGUCAUACCACAUAUCAUUCAGAUUGUAGACAAAAGCGCCCAUGCAGAAGAGUUAUCUGAUGAUGCAAAGCAUCAAAGCGCCCAUGCAGAAGAAUUAUCUGAUGAUGCUAGCUCUUUUCAGACAAUAGAAAAUGCUAAUCACCUUGCCAACUUUGUAGAUUUAACAGAUGAUCCGGAUUUUCCAGAUGGUAUUGAGGGAAAUUUACCUAUUUCGAUACUACCUCCAAUCCAGAGUAUUUCGGAACUAAACGAUGAAACAGCUGUUUUGGAUUGUCCUGUUUGCAUGAAUAAAUUUCCUGCGAAUUUCACAGAUAUAUAUUGCACCUCAGCAUUUGCUUUAAGAGCAAAUGUUAGAUCUGGAAAUGCAAAAGUGGUGAAAAUAUUGCAAGACGUUAGUUACUAUUUGCAACAACCACAACCAGUUAAAAAAUUUGCAGAAGUUAAAUGGGACGAGAGGUGUUCUUGUCGACAGUUAACUGGAGGGGAAAAUACGAUAAUAAUAACAGGAACACCAAUUACAUUAUGGAGCUCAGAAAAAAAGAAACAUCAAAUUCAUCUCACUUCACAAGCACAUGUUAUAUCAUCUGCUGGGAAAACAGUACAACCAAAAGAACUCAAGGAAGCUCGGAAAUCUUGCGAAGGAGAUCCCUAGCCUUCAGUCAGAUGAUACUCAUUGUAUUUUAUAUAUAUAUACAUUAAUAAACUUAGCACAAUUGUACAUAUCAUUAAUAUUUUAAGUUACUCUUAAAAUGCGAGAAUGUGUCUGAAAUCUUAUUUUCUGUGACUCUAAAUUUAUCAAAUAAAAAGACCAAAUAAAUACAGAAA